AUGGAUAAAGGAUCUUUUAUUCUCAAUGGUUGUGAAAAUCUAUUUGAAUGUAAAGAAUGCAGAAGCAUACGGAUGGAUAUUAAAGAUCUAUGGUACGAUUUAUUGUGCAUGUCAAAGCCGUAUAGUCGAAAGCCUGUAGGGAGCCAUGGCGAUGGCAUUGUCUUCAACGCGGGUUACACUGACGAAGCAUUCCUCCUUGAAAACACAACAGUUUUGCAAAAUGGAGAGAGUAACAUUCCUGGAAUUGUAAAUUUCCUCCUAGACGAGAGUUCCAGCUCUUGGGGAUUUUGUCGUCUGCAACCCCUUCCUGGAUUAACGUUUAAGAAUGAUAUAUUUAUUGAAGAGGGCGAUGUCAAAUAUUUGUCGAGUAAAAGGUUUAUAAACAUGUGUCUUCGAUUAUCAAGAAAAAAUUCUAAAAUAGAGAGUUCUUUUAUCAGGACAAAUGGUCUUAGCUUAGCUUAUGUUUUACCGUUUAAAUCAUGGCCUGAAUGUGCCAAAGAAUGGUUGAAUCGGGAGAGACCACGCUGUUGGCCCUCUGCAACUCUGGUGUCGAAAAUAAAGGAUACAGCUUGCUACUGUGAACCCGUGGCUAAUGGUCCAUCACGACAUCCCGAUUUAGAUUGGAGAAUAUCAUUUGCAGUUGCAGAAACUCUGUUAAUAAGAUCACUGGACAGCGCAAUUUUUAAUUUUUACCAAAUUCUUAAGAUUCUCGCAAAAGAAAAGAUUGUUCCGCAGUCAGGGUACCAAGAUAUAAUUUCAUCCUAUGUGAUCCGAACUACUCUGUAUUGGAUUUGCGAAAAUGGGCUUCCAAACAUCAUCAGUGGUGGUAAUUUCGAAUUUUGCCUUUUAAUCUUCAUAUACAAGCUUGAAAAUUGUGUUAAAGACGAUUUCUGUCCACACUAUUUCGUUCCUGGAAGAAAUGUUUUCGAAGCUAGUAUUUCUCCUCGUAGUAAAGGUUGUCUUUUGGAAUGUUUUGGUGAUAUCAAAGCAGACGUAUUUUACUCUGUUCUAGAAUUACCGUCACUCAAAACUUUAAAAUUUGUUUAUAAAACGGGUGGUAUUGACAUCUCCAUGCCUUCAUCCACGGAAGUGAAGUUAAAUAAGGAAAUUACAGCUCUCAGAUUUGCAUCAACAAUAUCGUAUAAUGUCCUUCAAAGUGGAUAUGCUUUCGAAAUUUUGGAAAACAUCGAAACUUAUUUUGCAAAUUGUUACGAAUACUCACAAAUUGAAAAAUCUUUUUUGAAAAUUCUUUUUUACCCUCUUGCAAAAGCGACAGGCACCAUUCUCUAUAACAACGUUGUGAAAACAGUGGACAAUAAAACCAUGUACUGUGGAAUCCGAUUAUGUAAACAGCUUUCCUUAUUAGGAACUAAAAGUGACGUCAUUUCAGGACGUUUAUCGCUAGCAACACUUCAGCAUCUUUGCGGACAAUAUGAAAAAUGCAUUGAAUUAACUGGUUCCGUCUUGGAAAGAAUUGAACCCUUCUCCAUUUACGAUAGAAAAGGUUAUGGGGUUUCACGAAAUGUCGAUCGUUUGAACGCUUACACAGAAAUCAUACUCAGCGCACCAAUGCCAAUUGAAAAGAAAAUGCAAAGAGCAUUUUUGAGUGACUUUGAGGUCUUUAAGGAGGCACCGGUUAUUCCAUCACAUUUAUAUAUAGAGAAUGAAUUUUUCUCUCAUCCCCCAAAAGUUUCCUCUCUCCCAGCACUUGUUUACCUCCGUUUCCUACGAUUUCUAUCCUUUCAUGAAAUGAAGAAUGAAAGUGAAAAACAUUCCGCGCUUGAAGAUUUGCGAGCGAUAUCAUAUGAUGAAGAAUACGCAGGGAAUUCAUAUCUCGCCUUUAACAUGGUUGGUAUUUGUGAAAAGAUAUGUGGCAAUAUUCCAAUGGCUUUUAGAUACUUUUGUCAAUCUGUGGUUAUUUCAAAGCGGGCAAAAACUCGUUACGUGAGAAUGCUGGUUUGA